CGAAAUCAAACUAAAACAAAUCUCAGAGCUCCCUUACCCCAAAGUAACUUAUAUUUUAACACACCUUAACCUCUUUAGAAAUAGGGUUUAGGCCCAAUGCCACCCAGAGAUGAUCUCAAACUCUUUGAUGGGCACUGAUGUGACCACGUUGCACUUGCCAAGUUACGCUGAUCGAUACACGGACACCACGCGGCUCCUUCGCCUCAAGUUCAUCGCAAAGGUGUGCCCGAAGUUAAAGGUGCCGGCACUCAGGUUGGCCAUUGAUUACGUCAAGACUACCUUCAAUGUCAAGCUGUACGAUGAGCUCUAUAGUUCCCUCUGCGGCCAGGAGGGAGAGAGAGACGAGGAGGUGCUUCUGCCCUAUGACUCCUACUGGGUGGAGGACAAUAUGCUAGAGGCCACUCUACUCCUCCAAGAGCUGGACGCCGAGCUCAACUUUAAAAAGUCAAAUUCGAGCAGCGGCCAUGUGCGUCGUAUUCUGGAGGAGAUCGGCGACUAUCACGAGAAGAGCGGCAACCUGCAACUGGCCGUCAAGUUCUAUGCCCGGACAAGGGCCUACUGCACGAGCAGUGACAAUGUGAUCACCAUGUUCCGCCACCUGAUCCGGGUCUCCAUCUACAUGACCAACUGGUGGCAUGUCCUCAGCUACACUGACGAGGCCAAGCAGUAUGCCUUGGGAUUCGAGAAUCUUGCCCAAGAGGUGCCACCUCGUCUCAGCUGUGCCGCUGGCCUGGCCAACAUGGGUCUAAAGAACUACAAAUCGGCGGCACUGCAUUUUCUGGCAACGCCCUUUGGUAACUACGAUUACGACAAGAUUGUGACCCCGGAGGAUGUGUGUUUCUGUGCCGGUCUUUGUGCAAUGGCCACCUUCGAGCGUGAAAAGUUACAGGUAGACGUCCUCAGUUCGGAAUCCUUUAAGCCUUUUUUUCUGAUCUCGCCCAAGAUGAGGAGCACCGUGGCCAAUUUCUACGAGGGUCAGGUUGAGGUCACUUUAGGUUUGUUGGCCGAAAUUGAGUAUAUCGUCCGAUUGGAUGUCUAUCUGUCACCUCAUGUGGAUGGACUCUAUAAGAUUAUCAAGGGCAGACUGCCAAAGGGAACAAGAAACACUGAUGAUCCUAAAAAACUCGUUAUAACGAGGGCUUAAGUGUCAUGGCAAGCUUGUUAUAAGAUAGAAAAUGAGAAAGA